AUGGUCAAAGUUGGAAUCAUUGGCGGAAGUGGAUUAGAAGAUCCGAAUAUUCUUCUUAAUCCUCAAACGGUUUCGGUUGACACACCGUAUGGCAAGCCCAGUGAUCAUCUUGUUGAAGGAACAAUCAAUGGAGUUGAAUGUGUACUUCUUGCUCGUCAUGGACGAAAACACGACAUUAUGCCAGGAAACGUCAACUACCGCGCUAAUCUCUGGGCUCUCUAUUCAUUAGGAGUUGACGUUAUUAUCGCCUCAACAGCAUGCGGUUCUCUACAAGAAAACGUUGAACCAGGGCAAUUGCUGUUCCCUGACUCUGUCUUUGAUCGAACCAACAGUCGUAAAAGCACCUUCUUUGAUGGAACCUACAGCCAGGCUCCAGGAGUUUGUCACAUACAAUCUCACCCAACAUACAAUGAAAAACUCAGACAAGUGCUCAUUUCAACGGCCGAAAAAUGUCAACUCGUUCACCACAGAACUGGUUUUGGGGUUUGCAUCGAAGGACCACGAUUCUCUACAAAAGCCGAAAGCAUGGUUUUCAAAUCAUGGGGAGCUAGUCUGGUCAACAUGACUAUGAUGCCAGAGUGUAUUCUGGCCAAAGAGCUCGGAAUCCCAUACGCAACGACUGCUCUCGUCACCGACUACGAUUGUUGGAAGGAGGAAGAUCAUGUGACUGCAUCUUCUGUUAUGAAAGUGUUCGCUGCAAAUGUUGAAAAAGCAAAAACACUAUUCGUGGAAGCUGUUGCAGAAAUCGGAAAAAUUGAUUGGAGUGCAGAAAUUCUGAAAAUGAAAACCGAAGCUCGUGAAUCCAUCAUGAUCUCUCCAGAUGUCGUAAUCCCAUUCCUUACCGUUCGCCAGUCAUAA